GGGCAUAUUGGGUUCUGGGUUCGCAUUAAAAGUGCAGCAAAAACAACGGCAGAAGCAUUUCAACCGGCAAAUACCUGCGGCCGCGAUGCUGAUACAAUGCCUGUGGAGGUGCUACGCGGCGGAUAAAUGUUUCAACAGCCAAGCCACUUGGGACAUUUACAUCAAGGAACCGGGACACCCGAAAGAUAACUCGUCGUUGAGUAAAUCUUUGAUCAUGCAAGUAGCGAAGCGCGCCAGCGUCUUGAAGCGGAAGAGAUCAAAAAGCAAAAUGGACACACCCGGUGCGACGAAUAAUAAUAGGGAUUGCCCGCAAGCUCAAACUUUACCCCCACCGCCCAGAAGGGACAGUGACGGCGAAGUCGUUUUCUACAUAGAAGAACCCAAAGCGACCACUCCAAAUCGCGUUAGAAGAGAAGCUAGAGGAUAUGUCAGCCAGACGAGUUCCGUGACGGAAGCUGCAAGCGACGAAGUCGACUUGGAAAUGGAACCAGAGCGAGUGACCACGUUAACCGACGUACACAAAAAUGCUAUUCGAGCCAUUAGAAAGAUCAAAUAUUUUGUAGCCAGAAGAAAAUUUCAACAAGCUAGAAAACCAUACGAUGUACGUGAUGUUAUCGAACAAUACAGUCAAGGUCAUUUAAAUAUGAUGGUUCGAAUAAAGGAAUUGCAAAGAAGGUUAGAUCAAACUCUCGGAAAGCCAGGAAGCUACCUGGCAGGAAUUGACCGAUCAGGCAAUGUUAAGCCUAUGACAAUUGGUGCUCGUUUGUAUAGGCUAGAACAGCAGCUAUCCAUUAUGGACAAGAAGCUGGAUCAGUUGGUGUACCUUUUAAACGUCCAGACGCACAGACAACAGUUUCCGGCCUUAGAAGAACAAGUUUAA